AUGCCACCACCGGAACGUGAUUUCGAGCUCAAAAACCUCAAAAUCCGAGUGUCGGAUCAGCAAAGCCAGCUAGCUGUAAUUAUUACACACCCAUGGGGUUUGCUCGGUGGUAACAUGCACAAUAACGUUGUCUGCGCUGCGGCCUUAUAUUUCCAGCGACUUGGAAUCACCACUGCUCGCUUCGAUUUCGAUGGCAGUAUCGGCCGAGGUCAUGCGCAAGUGGAUCAAUUACUAACAGUAGCGCAAAAUAUGCUUGACGGCAAAUUUUCCAUCGACGAGGAGACCAAGCCAACGAAUCUAUUAUUGAUUGGGUAUUCCUACGGAGCUCUGAUUGCAGCAAGUGCGACAUCCCAACUGCACUCAAUCUGCGUCGCCCUGGUGUGCAUCGCACCACCCUUUGGCGUCCAACACUGGUUGCUCUGCUUUCAUGCUAAAUAUCAUAUGGAGCAAGCAGCAGCCUCACCCGACUUGCCGCGACUUUUCUUGCUAGGGGACAAGGACAAUUUCACGUCCGAAAAGGCGUUUACGGAUACCAUUGCGAGCAAAUUUCCCACACAAGUCUCUACCGGAGCCGUUUUAAAGGGGGCCGACCACUUCUUUCAACGUCGAGAAAAGGAUGUCUUGGACGUAGUUGGAGAAUGGAUUCUCGAAACGUUUCCAAUUUGUGGCGGGGAUUUACACAAAUUAAAAUACAGCGACUUUGGCGCCCCGAACGCUCACUCCCGAGUAAUUUGA